AUGUUAAAAAUAUAUAUAAUAUACUUAUAUUUCAUUUAACUUUUUUUAUCUUAAUCUUGUGAGCCCCAUUAAUACAUAUAAUCAGGCAUAUGUAAAAAUUGCGACGCUAAAUGUUCAUCUUGUCAUUUUGAAGACACUCAAAAUACUACAGUUUGCACAUCAUGCUACUUUCCUUAUAGUCUAUAAAACACCUAAUGUGUCCUAUAUUGCAGCCUAAAUACAUAUUCAGAGGAAAACGUAUGCAUAUAGACAUGUCCUAAAGGCAAAUAUGCUGAUAAAGAUACUAAAAAAUGCGAAAAAUGUGAUAGUACAUGCAAUUAAUGUACAGGAUCUUCAUAAAAUAAUUGUCUAGAAUGUAACUAUGGGAAAUAUUUAACAACAGAAAACAGCUGUGUGUAGGAUUGUCCUUAAAAAUAUUAUAAAGGGGAUAAUUUUAAGUGUUUAAAAUGUAUGAAUAAUUGCCUUUAGUGUAAUUCUUUAGAAAUUUGUUAAGAAUGUGAUAAUGGGUUUUUAUUUAAAGGAGAAGUGAAUUUUUCAUGCGUUAGUAUAUGCCCAGAUGGUGAAUAUGUAGAUUUUUUUUAAAUAAGAUGCUUAAAAUGCAAUAUUAUGUGUAAUAAAUGUACUCAAUAUGACACAUGUAUAGAUUGUAGGAAUAAUAUGUACUUAACAAAGGAAAAAUAGUGUACUAAAAUAUGCCCAGAAGGAUAAUUCGGCGAUUAAAAAGAAUUUAAAUGUACAGAUUGUAUUGAAAAUUGCUAAAAAUGUUAAGAUUAGGCUAGUUUUUGUAUAUAAUGUGUAUAAAACUAUGUUUUAUAUUAAAAUAAAUGUCUAAUAGAAUGUCCAGAAAAGACUUUUAAAAUACUGGAUAUAUAAAAUAUAUAUAUUUGUGAAAAAUGUGAUGCUAUGUGUUUAUCUUGUAGUGGAAAAAAUAGUAACCAAUGCAUUUCUUGUAUAGAUGGGUAUUUCUUAAAUAUAGAUAACUAAUGUAUAUAAACAUGUCCGGAUUCCUAUUUUGGUGAUUUAAAUGAUUUUAAAUGUAAACCAUGUGAUACAAAUUGUCUUAAGUGUACAGGAAAUAUUAAUAAUUAAUGUACUUAAUGCAAAAAUAAUACAUUUUUAUAAAUUAAUGUAUGUCUAUCGGAAUGUAGUGAUUCUUAUUUUGCAGACAUAAAAGAUUUUAAGUGUAAACCAUGUAAUUUUAAAUGCAAAAAAUGUGAAAAAACAAGCCUAAACUGCCUUGAAUGUUCCAUUGGUUAUUUUUUAGAUUAAAAUAGUUGUGAAAGUUAAUGUCCUAUAGGAAAGUUUUAAUUAAAUGGAAUUUGUGAAAUCUGUGAUAUUUCAUGUGAAAAUUGUUUCGGGAAGUUAAAAAAUUAAUGUGUUUCUUGUAAAACUAAUACAUAUCUAAAUAAUUUAAAUGAAUGUAAUAAACUUUGCCCAGAAUUAUAUUUCCCUAAUAAAUUAACUUUAAAAUGUGAAAAUUGUGAUUAAUAUUGCACCAUAUGUACCGGUCCAUCAAACAACUAAUGCCUAAAAUGCUAAUAAAACGCCUUUUUAUAUAAUAAUACAUGCCUACAGGAAUGUCCUAUUAAUUAUUUUAAUGAUCUAAAAGACAAUACAUGCUAAUAAUGUGAUUAAAAAUGCACAAAAUGUACCAUAUCAUCAACUAAUUGCUAAUAAUGUGCUUUAAACAACUUCUUAAACAAUAAUGUAUGCUCAGAAACGUGUCCUAUAGAUAAAUAUAAAGAUAUAUAUAAAAAAACAUGUGAAAAAUGCCACGUUUCAUGUCUAGAAUGUACUGGAGAAGAUUUAAAAGAAUUUUAGUGCAAAAGUUGUGAUUAGAAGUGUUUUAAGUGCGUUAAUUAAGCCAGCUUUUGCCUAGAAUGUAAUUAAGGGUACUUUCUUCAGAAUAAUUCUUGUGUAGAUUAAUGUUAGGGAGCAUUUUAUAAAGAUUUAGAGACUAAAUAAUGCAAAAGUUGUAAUAUAAACUGUAGUUUAUGUGAAUAAAAUAGCGAAAAUUGUAUUUAAUGCAAGGAUUCAUUUUUUUUAGACGAAAAAAAAUGUAUGGAAAUAUGUCCUGAUGAGUGUAAUAAUCUUAGUAUUUGUGUUAAAUGCAUGGAUGGAUAUUUUUUAAAUGAUAUUGACAUUAGUUGUUAAUAAUGUGAUUCUAAAUGCGAAAAAUGUUCAGUUUUAUCUACUAAUUGUAGCCAUUGUAAGUUUGGCUUUUUCCUUUUUAAUAGUAAUUAAUGUACCGAUUUUUGCCCUGAUGGUUUUUUUGUAAAUUCGAUUUCCAAUAAAUGCUAAAAAUGCAAUAUUUAAGUAUUUUAUUUUUAUUUUUAUUUUACAUAAUUUUUUUUUUUUAAGUGUUCUAAAUGUGUAGAUAAUUUUGAUAAUUGUACUUCUUGUGUUGAUGGUUUUUUUUUAGUUUCUACAGGAAAUUGUUAAUUAUGUCACCCUUAAUGUUCUAAAUGUACAGAAAAAACAAAUAAAGAUUGUACAUAAUGUUCUAACGGUAAUUAUUUAUAAAUAUUAAAUCCUUCGUAAUGUUUAGGGACAUGCCCAGUAGGUUAUUUUGGUAAUUAAUUAAACAAUAAAUGUGAAUAAUGUAGUCCUGAAUGUAAAUAAUGUGCAUCAGCAGGCGCAAAUGCAUGUCAAGAAUGUUAAAAAGGCUUUUAUUUGAACGGAACAACCUGUAUUUAAUGCGAUUUAAAUUGCUCUGAAUGCUUCGGAAGUUCAAAUAAAUAAUGUACAGAAUGUAUUAAUGAAUAUUUUCUAUACUAAAAUAAUUGCUUUAGUAUAUGUCCUAACGGUUUUUUUAAAUAGUAUAAAAUUAAUAAAUGCCAAUAAUGUAAUAAAACUUGUAAAACUUGCAAUAAUUAUGAUUUUUGCCUUACAUGUAUAGACGGGCUUUUUUUAUACUAAAAUUUAUGUAAAAUAGAUUGUCCUGAUAAUUAUUAUGGUGAUAUUACCACUUUUGUAUGUGAAUAAUGUGAUCCUUUAUGUAAAAAAUGUAUUUUAGAUUCUAAAAAUUGCAUUGAAUGUGAAAAAGAGGAUUAUUUUUUGUAAGGAAAUAUGUGUAUUUAGAAAUGCUUUUAGGGUUUUUUUGGUAAUAUAAAUACUAAAAAAUGUGAAAAUUGUCAUUCUUCAUGUUAAUAAUGUAAUGGUUCUUAAAUUAAUAAUUGCAUUACAUGUACAGGAGAUUUAUUUUUAUAUAAUAAAAAAUGCUUAAUUUAAUGUCCUAAAGGCUUUUUUCCAAAUUAAGAAAAUAAUUAAUGCACUUAAUGCCAUGAUGAUUGUCUGGAAUGUAAUGGAAUUACAAAUAAUAAUUGCACAAAGUGCAAAUACAUGUUUUUUUUGAAUAAUUCAUGUGUAAAUGACUGCGGAAAUGGAAAAUUCAAAGAUUUAAGCGAUAAAUCAUGCAAAUAGUGUCAUUCUUCAUGUCUUUUAUGUACUGGAGAUGAAUAUUUUACACCAAGUAAUACAUGCGAAAAAUGUUCUAUUAAAUGUAAAACAUGUAAUUAAUCUUCUACAUAAUGCACUUCCUGUUUAGAAAAUAAAUAUUUAUUUUAAUAUACUUGUUUAGAAAUAUGUCCUUAAUUGGAAUUUUACACAAAUUUAAUAAAAAUGGAAUGUCUUCCAUGUAAUUCGUCUUGUUUAAAAUGUAUAUCAUAAACAAACUGCCAAUAAUGUAAAAAUAGCUACUUUUUAGAUAAUUAAGAAUGUAAAUCAACAUGUCCUUUUGGUAAAUAUGCCAAUAUAUACACAAACCAAUGUGAAAUAUGCAAUUUAGCCUGCUCUAAAUGCACAGGACCGACUUACGAUUAAUGCUAAGAGUGCAACAAAGGUUUUUAUUUAGAUGAUAGAGCUUGCAUAGAGCAUUGCCCAAUAGGAAAAUUUGAAAAUCUAUAAUAAUGUACUUAAUGCGAUAUAAAUUGUAAAGACUGCUAAGAAAAAUCUUAAAAUUGUAUUUCGUGUAAUUCUGAUAAAUUCCUGUUUAAUUUCUAGUGUGUAAGUAAUUGUCCAUUGUAUUUUUUUCCCAAUAAAAUCAAUAAUAAAUGCGAAAAAUGUAAUUCUAAAUGCCAAAUAUGCAUUGGACUAUUAGAUUCUUAAUGUAUUUCUUGUAAAUAGGAUUUCUUUUUAGAAGAAAAUACUUGCCUAAGUAUUUGCCCAGAUAAUAAAUAUGGAAACAAAAAUAAUAAUUAAUGUUAAAAUUGCCACUCUUAUUGUUCUCAGUGUACUGGUUUUUUACAAAAUUAAUGUCUUUAAUGUAAAAGUGGAUAUUACCUAAAAGAAACAGAAUGUCUAUUAAAUUGUGGUUAAGGCUUUUAUGGAGACAGUGUAAAAAAUACAUGCGAAAAGUGUAAAAAUGAAUGUAUUUAGUGCUUUUCUUCUGAUAUAUGUAUUUCUUGCAUAUAAAACUAUUUCUUAAAUGAUAAUAAUUAAUGUGUAUAAAACUGUCCUUAAGGAUUUUACGGGAAUAUUAGUUUUGGUAAAUGUGAAUAGUGUCACAUAAACUGUAAAGAAUGCAUAAAUUAAACUAAUUCUGAUUGUCUUACUUGUAAUGAAAAUUUCUUUUUGGAAAACAAAACAUGUAGUACUUCUUGUCCUGUGGGAAAAUAUGGAAAUUUAUAAACGAAAAAAUGCGAAAACUGUCACCAAAACUGCUCUAAGUGUACAGGAAAUACCAAUAAUGAAUGCAUAGAAUGUAAAACCGGUUUUUUUUUAACAAAUAAAUAAUGUUUAGAUAAAUGUCCACCGAAUUUUUACGGUGAUUAAACAGAUAAUAUAUGCAAAAAUUGCCAUUAUACAUGCGAAGAAUGUGAAUUGAAUCAAAACACUUGUCUAAAGUGUAUUUAAGGAUUUUUUUUAUAAAAUAAAUAAUGUAUAAAGGAAUGUUCUAGCGGAAAAUAUGCUAAUAAAUAAAAAAGGAAAUGCGAGAACUGUUCAAUUGGAUUUUAUACAGAUUAGAAUAAUGAAUGUAAAGCUUGUCAUGAAUCUUGCGUCUAAUGUACUAAUUAAACGCCUUAAAAUUGCACGAAAUGUUAACAACAUUACUUUUUUUUAAAUAAUACAUGCUCUCCAUGUGAUUCUUCAUGUACUAAAUGCACUGGAUAAUUAAUAACUUAAUGUGAAGGCUGUAUAAAUGGAUAUUAUUUAGAAAAUUAAACAUGCUAAAAAUGUGAUACAAAAUGUAUUACAUGUACCUCGUAUACGUUAUGCCAAUAAUGCAAAGACACAUACUUUUUAUUUUAAAGCACAUGUUUAAUAUAAUGCCCAGAAGGCUUUUAUAACAAAUAAUAAACAAAUACAUGUAUUUAAUGUGAUCAUUAAUGUAAAACCUGUAAAGAUGAUUCAAGUAAUUGUGUUUUAUGUGCUGAAGGGUAUUUUUAAUGGUUUUAUAAUUAAAAGUGUAUAAAAUGUGAUAGAAAAUGCUCGAAAUGUACUUCUAGUACAUAAUGUUAGGAAUGCACAAACGGCUUUUUUUUAUAAGAUUAAAUAUGCUCAAGCAGUUGUUAUGAUGGCUUUUUCAAAAACUCUUAAAAAAAUAUUUGCGAAAAAUGCAUUUUCCCUUGUAUUAAAUGCGAUUCUGAAAAUUAGUGUACUUAAUGCACCCCAGAAGGCUAUUUUUUAGAGAAUUCAUAGUGUAAAAAAUGCAAUAAUAUGUGCAAAUAAUGCGAUGGUAAUACAAAUAAUUAAUGUUAAGAAUGUAAUUUAAGUUAUUUUUUAUACUAAAAUACUUGCUCUAUAUAAUGUCCUGAAGGCUUUUUUGAAAACACCUAAACUAAUAAAUGCGAAUAAUGUGCAUAUAUAUGCAAAACUUGUGAAAAAUAAGCCGAUUAUUGCCUUUCAUGUUAAUAAGGACUUUUUUUAAACCAAAAAGCAUGCACGAAUACCUGCCCAUAAAAUACAUACCCUGAUAUAUCAACUAACUAAUGUAAAAACUGCCAUUUUUAAUGUCUUUCAUGUACUUCUUUUGAAGAUUUUUCAUGUUUAAGUUGCAAAAAAGGGACUUUUUUAUUUCAAAAUACAUGUCUUUAGGAGUGUCCGGAUACUUUUUUCGAAAAUUCAAUACUUAAUAAUGUAUGUGAAAAAUGCCAUUAUUCAUGUUCUAAAUGUACAGGAGUUUCCCAAAACGAAUGUAUCAAAUGCAAUAAUUCAUAUUUUUUGACAAAAAAUAAUGAAUGUGUAUAAAAUUGCACAUUUUCCGAGUAUAAAAAUAUACUAAAUUAAAAAUGUGAAGACUGCCAUGAAACAUGCUAUAGUUGUUCCGGUCCUAAUUAUAAUCAAUGCUUGUAGUGUAAAAAUUCCACUGUUUUAUAUCAAAAUAAGUGCGUUAAUUAGUGUCCAGAAGAAGGCUUUUUUAUGGAAAAUAAUUAGUGCUAAGAAUGUCUAAGUACAUGUAAAUCUUGCCAAAACUCAAGUUUGUGUAAAAGUUGUUAUAUAGAUAAAGUUUUCGAUGAAGGUUAUUGUUUAUAGAAUUGCCCAAACGGUAAAUAUAAUAAUGAAUAAGGUUAUUGUCAGACUUGUCCUUUAGAAUGUAUUACUUGUACAUCUUAAAGUAAAUGUACUUCUUGUAAUAAUAACUAUUUUUUAUACGAAUAUACUUGCAUUUAGAGUUGUCCUUAAGGCCAUAUUACAAAAAUUUGGGAAAAUGUAUGUAUAAAAUGCCAUUUUACAUGCCUAGAUUGUACAGGAGAGGAAUACAAUUAAUGCAAAAGUUGCAUAUAUGGGCUUCAUUUAUAAACAAUUAAUAAUACAUGCAUCAGUAAUUGCAAAGAUGGGACUUAUUUAAAUAUUAAUAAUAAUGAAUGUGAAAUAUGUAAAAGUCCUUGUAAAGAUUGUAUUUUAAAUGAAAACAUAUGCAUUUCUUGUAUAAAUAAUUACUUUUUAUAUGAAAAUACUUGUGUACAAAAUUGCCCUAAAGAGUAUUUUUUUGAAGAUUUAUAAAAUUUUAAAUGUACACCUUGUAAUGUAUAUUGUAUUAAAUGUAAUAAAUAAGAAUUCAAUUGUUAAAGCUGUAAAGAUGGAUAUUUUUUAAUUAAUAAUGUUUGCAUACCUUUUUGCCCCUCAUCAGAAUAUGGAGAUUCUUAAUUAAAUUAAUGUCUAAGUUGUUCCGCUUCCUGUAUUUAAUGUACUAACAUUUUAAAUUGUUAAUAAUGUUCCAUUAAUACUAUCCUUUAUAACAACACAUGCGUAUAAAAAUGUCCUUUAGGUUAUUUUUUUAUUGACUAAAUAUGUUAAUAAUGUUCUAAUUAAUGCUUAUCAUGUAUAAAUAUAGCUAAUUUUUGUACCUAAUGCCCCUCUGGCCUAUUUUUAAAUCAAAAUAAAUGCGAAAUAACAUGUCCACAAGGUUAAUAUGGUGAUUCUUUAGAAAAUAAAUGCAAUUUCUGUCACCCAAACUGCUCUAUUUGUUUUGGAAAAGCUUAAUCCUAAUGUACUGAAUGCACAUAGAACUUCUAUCUUUAAUUUUCUUCAACAACUUGUGAUUCUUAAUGCGUUUAAGAAGGCUUUUAUGCCAAUAUAUUAUCCAAAAAAUGUGAAAAAUGCAACCCAAAAUGCACUCUUUGUACCGGAAGUAGUAUUUCUGAAUGCACCUAAUGCUCCCAAGGUUUUUUUUUAGCUGAAAAAACAUGCCUAAUAGAAUGUCCUAUAUAAUUUUACCCAGAUUUAAUAGAUAAUACAUGUAAGAAAUGUAAUUCAGUAUGUGAAAAAUGUAACUCUAGAGAUUUUUGUACCUAAUGUAUUUCAAAUUAUUAUCUAUUACAAAACUUAUGUGUUUAAAAAUGUCCCGAAAAUUACUAUUAAGACAAAAAUUAGUGUAUUUAAUGUUCUUCCUUGUGCAAAUAAUGCCAAAUAGGAAAUCCCGAUUAAUGUCUAUAAUGUAAAGACCAAUAUUUUCUAUUUAAGAAUAAUUCUACUUGUCUUCAAGUAUGUCCUGAAGGAUAUUAUGAUGACCAAAAUACACAUGAAUGUAAACUUUGUAAUGAAAAAUGUUCGCUAUGUACUUCCAUUUAAGAUAAUUGUACUAAAUGCAAAUCUAAUUAUUUCCUAUAUUAAAAUAUUUGCUUAAAUAACUGUCCAGAAGGCUUUUAUAAUAAUUAUCUUGAAAAUAAAUGCUCUAAAUGUGAUUCAGCAUGUCUUUUAUGCACAGGAAGUCUAUAGAAUUAAUGUUAGAAAUGCUCUUUGGGCUUUUUCUUAUAUGAUCUUGAGUAUGUCUGUCUCUAAGUAUGCCCUAAUGGAUGUUCUAUUUGUACUUCGGUUUUUUCCGAUUCUUGUAUUAAAUGCAAUUCUGGAUAUUUUUUUUAUAAUAAUAAUUCCUGUUUAUAAGUAUGUCCUAGAGCCUAUUUUCAAGACAUGUCAACUCAUACAUGUGAAAAAUGUGAUUAUAAAUGUUCUUCUUGUCUAUAAAUUAAUAUAUGUACCCAGUGUAAUUAUGAUUAUUUUUUAGAAGCAAAUUCCUGCAUAGAAAACUGUCCGGUCGGAAAAUUUAAAAAUUACUAAAAUUAAACAUGUCAAAAUUGUGACCCUAAAUGUACAAAAUGUUUCGGUUUUGGAAAUACCAACUGCACAGAAUGCGCUUCUGGUAUAUUUCUCGACAACAAUAUAUGCGAUCUAACUUGCACAUAAGGCAAAUUUGGUAACAUAACCAACUUCUAAUGCCAAAACUGUCAUUAAGAAUGCCUAACAUGCACCGGAAGUGCAAAUAAUUAAUGUUUAUAGUGCCCUAAUGGUAGAUUUUUUUACCUGAACACGUGUCUUUUGGUCUGUCCUAAGGGUUUUUUCCCUGAUACAAUAAAAUCUAUUUGUUCUUAAUGUGAUAUAGCUUGUUCUGAUUGUUUUGGGAUAAAUUAAAUUUAAUGCACUCAAUGUACUGAAGGUUAUUUUUUAAAUGGUAACUAGUGUAUAAAGUGCAGUAUAAAUUGCAAAAUUUGCACUUCAGAAAAUAAUUGCCAAUAAUGCACAAAAGGAAAUUUCCUACAUAAAACUUAAUGUCAAAGUACAUGCCCAAAUGGCUUUUUAAAUGAUGUAAUUACUUUAAAUUGCAUAUAAUGUGUAAAUAAUUGUUCAAUAUGUGAAGGAAACCCGUAAAAUUGUACGCAGUGUGUAUUAAAUUAUUAUUUAAAUAAUUCAGAAUGUUUCCCUUGUAAUUUUAAGUGUUCGGAAUGUUUUGGAAGUACAGAAUAUUAAUGUAAAAAAUGUACUUAAGGAAAUUAUCUUUAAAAUAAUAGUAUAUGUUAAGGGACAUGUCCAAUUGGAACAUUUCCUAAUAAAAAUACAUUAUAAUGUACUAAUUGUAGUAGUAAAUGUAUAGAAUGCUUUGGCUCUUUAGAUUCUUAAUGCUUUUCUUGUAAUAAAGGAUAUUAUUUAAAGUUAAAUACAUGUAUGUAAUGUCAUGAUUCAUGUAUUUAAUGUUUUAGAGAAAAUAAUACAGAUUGUAUUGAAUGUAAAGAAGGUUUUUAUUUAUUUAAUAAUAAAUACGAAUCAACUUAGAAAUGUGAAAAUUGUAACAUCUCAUGUAAACAAUGUAUAACUUUUCCAAAUAAUUGCUUAUAAUGCAAAAAAGGCUAUUUUUUAUAUAAAUCUUAAUGUAUAUAAGUCUGUCCUUUGGAACAUUAUCCUGAUAAUACUCGAGAUGAAUGUAUUCCUUGUAAUAUUGCAUGUAAAAAAUGUACUGGACCUACAAUUAGCGAAUGCCAAGAAUGUAAAACUGGUUUUAAUUUAAUAUAAAACACCACAUGCGUGUCUAAUUGCUUUAAUUUAAAUGAAUUUUACAACGUAGCUACUAAUUCGUGCUAAUAAUGUGAUCUAAUAUGCCUUUAAUGUACUGAAUCUUCCAAAAUAUGCACAAAAUGUAACCCUGGUUCAUUUUUAAAUGAAAAAACCUGCGUUUAAAAAUGCCCAAGUACUUCUUUUUCGCAGAUAAUAUAAAUAACAUAUGCUCCCCAUGUGAUAUUUCUUGUCUAUAAUGUUCAGACGCAACAAAUAAUUAAUGUUCUAUAUGCAAUAUCAAUUAUUUCUUAUAUUAAAAUUCCAUUUGUGUCUAAUAUUGUCCUUUAAACUACUUCGCAGACACUUAAACUUAACGAUGUUUGCCUUGCCAUUCUAACUGCAAAGCUUGUUUUGGGUCUUCUUAUUCUGAGUGCUCUGAAUGCAGUAAAAGAUUUUAUUUAAGUCAGACUACCUGUAAUUCUACAUGUCCAGAAGCCCAAUAUGUUUCAGGAGAAACUCUUUGUGCAAACUGUGAUCCUUAAUGUGCUACUUGUACAUAAAUAUACACUAAAUGCACUUCCUGUAAAGCUGGAAGAUUUUUAAAAGAUAAUUAAUGCUUCACAAGUUGCCCUUAAAAUGGUUUUUUUCCAGAUUCAAUAAGGAAAAUGUGUAUAUAAUGUCAUCCUAGUUGUACUGUUUGUUUUGGCGAAUUAGAUACUUAAUGUACCGAGUGCUUUUAAGGCUUCUAUUUUUUAAAUAAUUCUUGUAAAAAUACUUGCUUAGACGGAUAUUAUAAAGACGAUUUAACUAAAUAGUGUAAAAUGUGUAAUUCUUAAUGUACUUUAUGUACUGGAUAGAACUCGAAUUAAUGUUAAGAGUGUGCGUCAUCAUUUUUCCUGUAAAAUAACAAUGAAUGUGUCAAAAGUUGUUCUUAAAAUGGAUACUUUGCAGAUAUUUCUAAUAGAAAGUGCUCCUAAUGUGUACCUUAAUGCACUUCCUGUUUCGGAGGUUUGA